AUGGCAACCUCUAGCUCGUUACUGCUCAAGAACGGAACCUUGCUAAUGCACAAAGAAGAUGACCAUGUCGAGCCGAUCAAGGCAGACUUGCUCAUCAUUGGGAACAAGAUCACAGACAUUCAACCACAUCUUGACGCGCCUGGGGUUGACACUGUAGUCCUUGACUGCACUGGAAAACUCAUUUCACCUGGCUUCAUCGACACCCACCAUCAUGUGUGGCAAACCCAGCUCAAGGGCCGGCAUGCGAAUGAUACCCUCUUGGAUUACAUCCCCAAGGGAAAUUCCACCGGCGCGCUCUAUAAUGCCGAAGAUGUAUUCUGGGGAGAACUCGGAGGAUGUUUGGAGGCCAUCGACAGUGGAACGACCAUGCUCGUCGAUCACGCACACAUCACUCACGGACCUUCUCAUGUUCCCAAAGCUAUAUCCGCUACUGUUACCUCUGGUAUUCGCUCCAUCUUCGGUUAUUGCGAUACAUCCAACGUGACGUCAUGGAGUCCACUCACGUUCGCCCCGGCGACUCCGGACUACUUCGACUCUCAGUUCGCUGAUCUCGCAAAUCAGCAGCCGUUUGGGGAUGGUCGCGUUCAACUGGGGUUAGCUUUCGACAGCUUCUUCCUUCCUAAAGAAAUAGUUAUCGAACGAUAUCAACGAGCCCGUUCGCUUGGAAUCAAGCUUGUCACCUCCCAUUAUGUCCGUGGCGCUAUCAUUGGACAACACUCUCUCGUGGAGCUAUUAAAGUCCUAUGGAUUGCUCGGUCCGGACAUCCUCCUCUCGCAUGCAAGCAACGCAACAUCAGAAGAUGCUGCCCUUCUUGCAAAGGCCAAUGCCCAUGUCUCUGCAACCCCCGACACGGAGCUCCAAAUGGCUCAUGGCUUCCCCGUCUCGUUCCGUGAUGACCUUCAUGCUCUUUGUUCCCUUGGUGUCGACUGUCAUAGCAACAAUUCCGGUGACAUACUGACUCAAAUGAGACUCGCUCUCCAAGCUGCCCGGGGGUCGUAUAACCAAUCAUUUGUUGAUGCUGGGAAGAAUCCCAACUUCGUCAAACAUACUGUCGAGGCGGCAUUUAACUUGGGGACGAUCAAGGGGGCUCGGGCUGUAGGAAUGGAAGGUCAAAUUGGUAGUAUUGCCGUUGGAAAAUUGGCCGACCUUGUCAUCAUCGAUGGAGAAUCACCCGCAACAAUAUGCGCUGCUGAACACGACCCAGUUGCCGCAAUUGUCAUGCAUGCCUCAGUUCGCGAUAUCGAAACUGUGAUCGUGGACGGGAAAAUCAGGAAGAGAGGUGGCAAGCUCCUGGCGGUCCAGGGCCCAGCGGGGGAAAAUCUGCAGUGGAAAACCGUCGCCCGGAAGCUGAUGGAGAGCCGCCUGCGAAUUGAGGCAGAGUAUCGCAAAAUCGACAUGAAAAGCGCUACUACCCGGAUUAUGGAGGUAUUCCAGAUGAAGUCUGAGAACUUUGUCGAUUCCCUGUAA